ACCCUGUAUAUUACAAAUCAAAAAGCCUGUUUUCUGGAAUUUCUUAAAAUAGAUUGAUUACAAGCAAAUUGUAAAAUCAAAAAAUACCAUCUAUUUUAAAAUUUCUGGUAAAUUAUUUUUAUAAAUGGUUACUACUAUUAGAAUUCCUAUAGACUAUUACUUAGAGUUUCUACAUUAUAUUAGUUUUGCCAUUUUCAUCAUUUUUUAAGAUUUCAUUAUUUAAAAAUCUAUAAAUUAUUAAACUUAUUUUUUCUUGCAGAUGAGUUUUAUAUUUUAGCAUCUUGCUGAUCAGUGCUUUUCCAUGCUAUAAAACCUGAAAAUUUUUGAAAUUGAUACACUUUAAACAAUUACUACUACAGAUAAUGAAACAUUACAAGCAAUAAUUCUCUGAAAACUUAAAACACAAAAUCAAGUUAGUUUAAAUCAAAUCAGAAGACAAGCUGAACAAAUCCAAAAUUUACAAAAGCUGAACAAAAAGAAGGAAAAAGAAUUGCAACAUUUUUUUACAAGAAGAGAAAAGAAGACUUACUGACAUAGAAUCAAAGGUAAGAUUGGUAAAUGUAAUAAUUAUUUUUUGUGAGCAAAUAAGUUUCACAAUAUGAAAUUACUUUAGGUUAAUGAAAAAAAAACAAAGAAGCGUGUCUAAUUAAAACAUUUUAGCAAUGAAACUUAACAAGAACAUAGACUCAAUUAUUUUUAUACAGAACUAGCAGACGAGCCCAACAUUGCUGGGGCAAAAAAUAACUGCAAAGAUUAUUUCGUAUUUCUAACCCUUCUAUUAUAUUAUAGUAUUUGAUUUAUAUUGGGUUGAUGCAAAAGUUCGUCCCGUUUUUAACACUAACUGGCUAAAAGCGCAACACUGAAGUGUUAUUUCUUUCACAUGUGUAAAAUUUCGACGUUGUUUGACAGAAGGGAUCUCAGCUAGUAUUUGAGAAUAAAGUUGUCUUACUUAGUUGUGUUUUUAAAAUUUUGUUAAGCAUUACAAAUGGCAGAAAAUAAGGAGCAUUUUCGACAUAUUAUGCUUUUUUAUUUCCGAAAAGGCAAGAAUGCUUCGCAGACACAAAAAAAGAUAUGUUCUGUGUAUGGUGAGGGAGCCAUUGAUGAUUCCACGUGCCGUAAGUGGUUUAGAAAGUUUCGUGAAAGCAAUUUUAACCUUAGCGAUGCACCACGUUCUGGACGACCAGCCGAGGCUGAUGACGACAAAAUAUUGGCACUAAUUGAAAGUGAUCGACACAAAACAACUCGAGAGAUUGGAGAAAUUCUUGGAAUCAAUCAGUCAACAGUGUCAAGGCGAUUACAUCAACUUGGAAUGGUAAGCAAGGCCGAUGUAUGGGUGCCGCACGAGUUAACAGAAAAAAAUUUGAUAGACCGAAUUUCUGCUUGCGAUUCUCUAUUGAAGCGCAAUGAAAUUGACCCAUUUUUAAAGCGAAUCAUUACAGGUGAUGAAAAAUGGAUUGUGUACAAUAAUGUUAAGCGUAAAAGAUCAUGGUGUAAGCACGGAGAUGCCCCUUCAACCAGCGCAAAAGCCAGUUUACAUCCAAAGAAGGUUAUGCUAUGCAUUUGGUGGGACUGGAGGGGAAUCAUUUAUUAUGAGCUGUUACCUGAAAAUCAGACCAUUAAUUCAGAGAAAUACUGUUCACAACUAAGUGAAUUAAAGCGAGCAAUUGACCAGAAGCGACCUGAAUUAGCCAACAGAAAGGGCAUUGUGUUCCAUCAAGACAACGCUAGACCACACGUGUCUUUGGCCACCCGACAAAAACUUUUACAACUUGAUUGGGAUGUUUUGGUCCAUCCACCAUACUCUCCUGACCUUGCACCCUCUGACUACCAUUUAUUUAGAUCACUUCAAAACAGCUUAGAUGGUAAAAACUUUACUUCCUUGGAAGACUUGAAAAAUCACUUGGAUCAGUUUUUUAGCCAGAAAUCUCAGAAAUUCUAUGAGCACGGGAUUAUGCAGCUACCGGAAAGAUGGAGAAAGGUCAUCGAACAGAAUGGCACAUACUAUAUUGAUUAAAUGUAAGUUUUAGUAAAUAAAAUUUUUCUUUGAUUCUUUUAAAAAAAACGGGACGAACUUUUGCAUCAACCCAAUAUUUACAAAAGUUGUCUUAUGUAAGAGUUUAUCACACAGACUGCCCAAUCUAACUUGUAAGGUAUUUUAAAAAUUCUCUAAAUUGUACAGAAGAAUAAAGAAUUUUAAAAAUGUGUCAGAUUGGUCGCUCGGUGUGAUAAACCCUUAUAGUUAUACUGCCGAUCUUACCCGUUUUCAUUGGGUGCAAGAAUUAAGUCCCCCCUCUUCCAAGUCUAAUUAGAGAAUUUUUAGAUGGGUCUAAAAAUAUGUUUGAUUUCCCACAGAAACUGCAUUUAAAAUAGUACAGUAGUAGUAGUUUUUUAGCAAAAUCCUUAACCUUCUCCCCCACGUAGGUAUUUCUAAAAAUUCCUUUUUAGUGUAUAUUCUCACGAUGUACCCUGUGUACCAAAUUUCGACUUUUAAUCGUUUGGGCUCUGCUACAAUCAUCAUCGUCAUCAUCAUCAAUCAACCCAUCUUGAUUAUAUUAAACAUUUUUUGAACUUAUAGGUUAAUAUUAGUCUUAAAUGUUUGUUUUCUUCUUAGUCUCAAAUACCUAACACUAAUAUAUAUUUAUUGUAAUGUAAUCUUGGGCUCAAACUAUUUCUAUGUCUGACAUAUUAACUAUUAAACUAUCCAUCCAUUUUUC